CUCCACGUGCUUUUCCGUUUAGGUUUUACUUUUUCAGACGAUAUGAACGACAGAUUUGACAGAUUUUAGAGUUUGCGUAGAUACUUUACCACGAUGCAAGUUUCUUGUCCGAACAAUGUAAAAAUUUACAAUUUGAGUGCUGGAAAAUCUAUUCCAGAGUGGUUAUCGGAACGCAAACGACGAAGCUUAUUAAAAAAGAAUGUUGAUAUACGGCGACGUAUUGAACUUAUCCAGGACUUUGAUAUGCCUGGAAUUAGCACUUCUAUUAAAGUUUCGAAGGAUGGACAAUACAUUUUAGCAACAGGAAUAUAUAAACCACGUGUAAAGUGUUUUGAUGUAAAAAAUUUGUCUUUAAAAUUUGAAAGAUGUUUUGAUUCCGAGGUUGUUACUUUUGAAAUAUUAUCAGAUGAUUAUAGUAAGUUGGUAUUUUUACAUUGCGAUAGAUACAUUGAAUUUCAUGUUGCCCAUGGCAAAUAUUACAGGCUCAGAAUACCACGUUUUGGAAGAGACAUAAAAUAUCAUUAUCCAUCUUGUGAUCUGUUCUUAGUGGGAGAUAGUAAUGAGAUUUAUAGAUUAAAUCUUGAGAGAGGACAAUUUUUGCAGUCUUUCAUAACGGAAUCAACAUCAAUAAAUAAGUGUGAAAUAAAUCCAGUACAUAAUCUUCUAGCUGUUGGAACGCAAGAAGGUAAAGUUGAAGCAUGGGAUCCUCGAACGAGAAGUAAAGUGGGUACCUUAGACUGUGCUUUGUACUGUGUUGGACAAGACAAUAAGAUAGUGGCAGUUCCAGCAAUUACUAGUUUAAAAUUUCAAGGAGGUCUGACAUUUGGCGUGGGUACAUCAACUGGACAGAUACUGUUAUAUGAUAUUCGCUCUAGCAAACCUUUCUUGGUGAAAGAUCAUAUGUAUGGAUUGCCGAUCAAAAAUAUAGAGUUCCAUCAGAAAAUGGACAUGGUUUAUUCUAUGGAUAGUUCUAUUGUGAAAAUAUGGGAGAGAAAUAACGGUAAAUUGUAUACAUCCGUAGAAGCUCAAAAUGAUUUUAAUGAUAUGUGCGUUAUACCAAAUACUGGAAUGUUUGUAAUUGCAAAUGAAAAUGCGAAAAUGCAAACUUAUUAUAUCCCCAGUCUUGGGCCGGCUCCAUAUUGGUGUAGCUUUUUAGACAAUCUGACAGAAGAAUUAGAGGAAUUGGAUUAUGAAACAAUUUACGAUGAUUAUAAAUUUGUUACUGAAAAGGAGUUAGAUGAAUUAGGUUUGUCGCAUUUGAAGGGCACUAAACUUCUUAGAGCUUAUAUGCACGGGUAUUUCAUGGAUAUCCGACUGUAUAGAAAGGCGAGAGACGUGAUGAAACCUUUCGAAUUUGAAGAAUAUAAGAAAAAAAGAAUACAGCAGAAAAUACAAGAAACCUGCGGUAGCAGAGUACAGGUUCAAAAAUUACCGAGUGUAAAUAAAGAGCUUGCGUUUAAAUUAAUGGAAGAUGAAACGAAUAUAAAGAAAAAGAAAAAGAGCUCUUCUAAUCUUCUAAAAGACGAUCGUUUUAAAGCACUGUUCAGUAAUCCAGACUUUCAAGUGGAUAAAAACUCGGAAGAGUAUUCGUUGUUAAAUCCCGUUAUUUCUCAGCUUGACAAAAGCAGAGCAAAGAAGUUAAAAGCUAGAAUAGCUGAAGAAGAGGCACAACAGAAAAUGGAGAUUGAUCGUGAGGACGAUGAAAACCAAGACAAUAGUUCGGAUGAGAGCUUCAUUCAUGACGAUAGUAGCUCGGAAGAUGAAAAACCAUGGGUGAAGGAAGUAAAAAAACAAUAUCGAUUGAUAAAGAAAAAUGAAAGACAAAAUGAGGAAGAGGAUGAAAACGAGAAAGAUAACGAUCAAAGAUUAGGAAAUAAUUCUCGACUUUAUGAAAUCAAGGAGCACGUGGAAUUCAGAGAUGCAAAACCGAUAGCAAGGAAGCAAAAUAAGGCUAGCUUGGAAGACAGGCUAAAAAAUCAAGCUCAUGGUAUUAAAAUUUCUGGUUUCCGUGGUAACAGAGAAAUGACUUUUGUUGUUGGAAAGAAGAAACAAACUGGACGCGCAAAAUUCCAAGUAAAGAGGCACGGAAAAGAAUAUAAACAUCUUUUGAGACCAGCACGAAACCUGUACAGGAAGAAACGUUAA